AGAUUAAAUAAUUCUUGCCCGAAAUCUUGCAUUAUUUAGUGGUAAAGACUGUAAAGAUGGAUUAUUUGAGACGAACACAAGACUCGUAGCUUCCCAUGGCUUCCCCACUCAUCUCAAGCCUUCUACUUAUCUUUUUCUCCACCAUCACUGUUACCUCAUCAAAAGCACCGUGUCGUUAUAAAUCGAUUAUCAGCUUCGGUGAUUCCAUUGCUGACACCGGAAACUAUCUCCAUCUCUCCGACGUCAACCAUCCUCCGCAAGCCGCCUUUCUUCCUUAUGGAGUAACCUUCUUCAAUGUUCCCACCGGUCGUAACUCCGACGGCCGCCUCAUCAUCGAUUUUAUCGCUGAGUUCUUGGGACUACCGUACGUACCGCCUUACUUUGGUUCCCAAAACGUGAGCUUCGACCAAGGGGUCAAUUUUGCUGUGUAUGGAGCAACCGCUUUGGAUCGUGCGUUUCUUGUAGAAAAAGGAAUUGUAUCUGAUUUUACCAAUGUUAGUUUAAGUGUUCAACUUAACACUUUCAAGAAGAUUUUACCUAACCUAUGUGCCUCGUCUUCUCGUGAUUGCAGAGAGAUGCUUGGAGACACGCUGAUACUCAUGGGAGAGAUUGGUGGGAACGAUUAUAAUUACCCCUUUUUUGAAGGGAAAAGUAUCAAAGAAAUCAAAGAGUUUACUCCUCUAAUCAUCAAAGCUAUUUCUGAAGCAAUUGUGGAUUUGAUUGAUUUGGGAGGAAAAACAUUUUUGGUGCCCGGAAGCUUUCCAGCUGGAUGUAGCGCCGCGUAUCUUACUCUAUUUCAGAACGAAAAAGAAGAAGAAUAUGAUCCUCUUACAGGUUGUCUCCCAUGGCUCAAUGACUUUGGAAAGUACCACGAUAAUCAGCUCAAGACAGAACUCAAACGACUCCAAAAACUUUACCUUCAGGUCAACAUUAUUUACGCCGACUACUACAACUCUAUGUACCGAUUUUACCAAGAACCAACAAAAUACGGGUUUAAAGACCGACCUUUGGCUGCUUGUUGUGGAGUUGGAGGUCAAUAUAACUUCACUAUUGGUGAAGAGUGUGGAUACGAAGGAGUUGGGUAUUGUCAAAAUCCGUCUGAGUAUAUUAAUUGGGACGGUUAUCAUUUAACUGAAGCCACAUACCAGAAGAUGGCUCAUAGCAUACUCAACGGUCCCUAUGCAACUCCUGCGUUCAACUGGUUCUGCCUUGACUCUGCAUCAGUGGAUAACGAAUCUUCUUUCGGUAGUUGAAACUCAUGUGGUUCGUCAAUUCAAAUUCUUUCAGCAUUUUUACAAAAGUAAAUCGUAGUCUAUUAAAUUGCCAAAACUAUUUGUCUACAAAUCCCCUAUACUAUAUUUGAGAAGUGAUUUUGACAUGUAUCGUCAUCACAUUCAUUCCCACUAAAUAAAGAUGACAUGGUGGCAUCAGACUAUUUUUGAAAUGUAUAAUUUCCUUAUAAAGAUUU